AUGAGGUCGAAGACACCUCGCCCACUGGGCAAUGCCGGAAACAAGGGCAAGCAGGAUACCGAUCCAUGGAGUAGAGCAGGGCACAUGCCAACGGCAACGUACAGCUCCUACUCUUGCAAAGGUCAACCUAACUACGAUCUGCGACUGAGCGACGGGAAUUCGAAGAACGGUAGCGUUCUAUUGGAGUCAAAAGGCCGCGAGUCGGAGAAGGAAGAAGGACCGCGGAAAGCGAGCAAACUGCCGGGGAAGAACAAAAUCCAUCUGGAAAAGCGAAAGGAACCGUCACAUGAAAAGAACGAACCACCGAAGCAUGACCGCAUAGCUGAAGGCAUCAAGCACGAGAUUGACAGGUUCGCCGUACAAUCGGUUGAGAAAUUCCAGGACUUCUACAACAAAGUGCACGUCUAUCCUGCCAAACAUGCUCUCUCCGCGUACGACGAAGAAGGAGAAUGGGCGGGCUACACGCGAUACAUUUUCGACACGUACGGCGAGGAGGCAAGGGACAUGCAGGUCCGUGUGGACUGGCAGCAACUUACCCUCUGGGUGGGUCAUUCAGGAGUCUGGAUCAUCUUGGAGGAGUUCCUGUCCAGGCUUCCACCACCCGUCAACAUCCGGGACGCUCCCAAGGAGCACCUCUCGUCAGAAGACAAGAACAAACUUUGGCAAGACCAGUGGGCUUGGUGGCGGAAGAAUAGGAAUACAUUUCGGCUGCUCGACCUGCCGAGCGAGAUUCGAGAGAAGAUUCUGGGGUUUGCGGUGGUCCGGACGAUUCGGCCAUAUCUGAAUCAUCGCUGUCGAAAGCUGUCGACUCGUCACAAGAACGCAUUGGCCUCGGAACAACCCAACAUGGCAUUGCUGAGAACCAACAGACAAGUCUAUCGUGAAGGGCGUCACCUUCUCUUCAGAGAUUCCGUCUUCCUCAUCGAACACUUCAAAAUUUUCAAGGACUACAUCAUGUUCAAAAAGGCAUCGCGAAACCACAUCAUGAGGCUGGACUUGAAAUUCAAGCACAAGGGCUUCUUCUUGCCCUUCGGUAUCAUGGUGAAAGACCACGGCAUUGAAUACCUGCCGAGCCAAGCUGCAAGACUGCUUCGCGGCAUGAAGCUCAAGCAGCUGACAUUGAGCAUUGCCAUGACAGACACCCCGAUGCUAUCGCCGUUCGGUCGCCACGAGUGGCACAAGCCCUGCCAGAAGAUUGCGGUGGACUGGAUCCUGGAGUGUGCAUGGCCCUGGAUGAAGGGACACCCGGUGACCGUGCAAGGUGGAGUUAAGACUCGGCAAAAGGAGAACUUCAUGAAGAAGGUCACUGACGAGCGUGAACGGUAUCUCAAGUGGCGCCGAACGAUGCUACUGGGAGAUGAGGAGGGUACGCUUACCGAGUACUAUGAGUGGUUGGAUGAGAAGGGUGGUGAACCAAUCGACGGUCAAGAGUCUCAUGAUGAUGUGGAACUCGUGCCUGAGAAACAGAACUUGCCUCCGUGCUCGUGCACACCGCCAUGCUAUGAGAAGUGGACUCCAGAAGACUAG